CGGCCACAGAUUCUGUAGAGAAUGCAUUUUACAUUCAAUGAGGGAUAGCCAUGGUGACUCACUUUGCCCUUUGGAUAGGACACCUUUGUCAGAAUCACAGUUUUACCCAGACAAAUUUGUGGAGCGCGAAAUUUUGGAAUCUGAAGUAUUAUGUCAAGCCAAGAAACAAUCUGGGUGUCUAUGGAAAGGUCCCCUUUCAACAUUAGAGGAUCACUUAAGUGGAUGCCAAUUUGUUGUUGUGAACUGUAAACACAACUGUGGCAAACAGCUACAAAGGAGAGACAUCCACCAACACAUGGAAGCUGAGUGCUUGUACAGGAAAACUCCAUGCGAACAUUGUGAGGAUCCAGUUUUAUGGAACGAAGUUGAGAAACAUUUUGAAAACUGCUCCAAGUAUCCUCAGCAAUGUGAAAAAUGUAAAGAGGAGGGCAUUAAAAGAGACAAGAUGAAAUUCCACUUGGAACACUAUUGCCCAAAAGUGAAGGUAGAAUGUCCCUUUAACCUUGUUGGAUGUGCAUUUGAGGGCUUACGAUCUGAUAUCGGAAAACACCUUGCUAAUGAGCAUUUCCAUGAAAUCAUGGAUUUAAUGAAAAUUGUAGUAAGCUAUCAAAUGGAAGUCACAAGAAAAGAUUCAAACCAAAUAGAAGUCAAAUCCAAGGGUGAAAAUGAAUCUCUUGUUGACAGAAAAGAAAAACAGAUUGAGCAGUUAGAAAGUGAGGUUGGUGCCCUCAAACAAACUGUUUGUGAGCUUUCCAGCCAAGUGAACUGUUUAGAGCUCCAGCAGAAGGAAAUGCAUAGCUUGGUGCUUAAACAGGAAAUCAAGUUACAUCAGGGAGAAGGGCAUUCAUGUGAUGGAAUGUACCUGUGGAAGAUAGAAAAUCUUGCCAAAUGUCACGAGGAUGCUGUCAGUGGAGCAAGUACAGUGAUGUACAGUCCGUGUUUUUACACUAGUCUAUAUGGGUACAAAUUGUGCUUGAGGAUUAACUUAAAUGGUUUGGAGAAUGGAGAUGGUACAUAUGUGGCUUUGUUUGUUCAUGUGAUGAGAGGUGAUUAUGAUGAGCACUUGGAAUGGCCAUUUUCAAAGGGUUUUAAGUUAUCUAUUAAGGAUCAGUCUGAUGAUGUGGAGUCCCGACACCAUAUCACAAAAAGAGCGGUGGCUGAGCCUGAACUGAGUGCAUUUCAGAAACCUGUUGCUCCAUUCAAUAAAAUUGGUUUCGGUUACCCAGACUUUGCACCAACUGAGAUUAUUAAUCAACCACAGUACACCAAGAAAAAUACUUUGUUGGUGAAGUUUAAGAUUACUGGUUAGCCUAGUCUGGUGCCUCUGUGACUAGCCUUGGAAAAUCAUGAACAUUUAAUCUCAUGAAGAAAGAUUCUGCAGGAACUGCAAUUCAUAUUGCUAUCAAAUAGUAGAAUGUAUAAUUUUCCGUACAAACUAAAAAUUUGAUCACUUAGAUUUUAAACACUGAGCUUGUUAUUGAUAGGUUUUACAAAACGUUUUUGAAGUGGCAAGUCACUUUAAAUAAUAUUUGUA